CCCGCCGCCCGCCGCCGCCGCGCUGCAACCAUGGGUCGUAUGCACAGCCACGGAAAGGGUAUCUCCUCGUCGGCGCUUCCCUACAAGAGGACUCCACCGAGCUGGCUCAAGAUCUCGUCCCAAGAUGUUGAGGAGAACAUCUGCAAGUUUGCGAAGAAGGGGCUGACUCCGUCGCAGAUUGGUGGAUCCUUCGUGAUUCGGCACUGGGGAUAUGCUCAGGUGAGAGCGUCACUGGGAAGCAAGAUCUGGAUCUUGAAAGGUCAUGGCCUUGCUCCGGAGAUCCCCGAGGAUCUUUACCAUCUGAUAAAGAAGGCAGUUGCUAUUAGAAAGCACUUGGAAAGGAACCGGAAGGACAAGGAUUCCAAGUUUAGGUUGAUCCUUGUGGAGAGCAGGAUUCAUCGGUUGGCUCGCUACUACAAGAGGACCAAGAAGCUCCCCCCGGUGUGGAAAUAUGAAUCUACAACUGCCAGCACUCUUGUGGCAUAAUUGGAGUACUUUGUUUUGGCGAAAUGUCUGAUGUUUUGAACUUGAACUUGGAAGACAGUCAUGAUAUGUUCUGAAUGUGGAAGUACUUUUUGAUGCUCUAGACUGCUAUUUUGUGAACUGGUUGUUAUUGGCUAUAUUGAGUAGUUGAUUUCAAACUCUUGUCUCGUAUUAAAAAUCUCUGUUAUGCGAUAGUUGUGAAACUGAACUUGAUAGUGAAAGUAAAUUCUAGAACCGGUGAUUCACGAA